AACUCGUAUGUGUAGCUGACGACUAGCAAUAUACCGAGAGAGACGUAGAUAUGCCACCGAUAUAGAACGCUAUUGCCACGUUAUGUUGGCAAAAUUGGUGAGGCCGAAUAGGACGAACAUGCAUCCUGAUUGCUGCAUUGUGUUUGUUGUUUGCGCAUAGAGAUGCUUCCCUCACCUUUAUUCUAAUAAUAGGUGAUGGUGAACGAACAUGCUUUUCUCAUCUUUAUUCUGAUAAUAAAUAAUUGGAAAAUGUGUGAAGCAUGAUUGUCCUAUAAGCAAAUUUCUAGCUUUGUUUGUUGUGUCCUUUAGACAUGUAUUUAUGAGGCCUGUGGUUCUUAGUCAAUUGACCGCUAGUGCAACUUGGGUUUUUUUUCGUGCUUGUGUGCUGGUAGAAUGUAGGUAGUUUGUUUACAUAAACCCAAAGCUAGGUAAUGUCCUCGUUUAGUGAACCAUAACCCAAAUCGUCCUCAAUCCUCCAAAAAUUCCUCCAAGUCUCCAAGCAGGGAUGAGUUCGAGUUUUUCUUUACUACUCCAGGACCGCUUAGAUAAGCUUUUUAUUGGAUGUAAAAUGCACGCAAACUUAAAAUAAGGAUCUCGAGUACAUGUUCUCGUCGUUUCAUAUGUGACUCUUUUGUAGUCAUUUUUCCAUCCAAAAUCAUGCCUUUACUCGCUUGGUGCAAGCUGAUGUUUCUAUUCCACUCUGUAUCAUCUUGGAGACCAUGUCGUUAUUUUAUCAACCUAACCUAGGAAAGCCAUGUCCAAUCAUUUUCUUGAACUGGAUGCCUUUGGUUUUCUCAUAUCUUUCGAAGGCAUACCAACUUAAUCUUAUGAUUGUUUUCCCUCCGUAUCUAAUCAAAUACUAAUCCUUAAUCUUAUAAUCUUUGCGAUAGGCAUAGAAAUAUGCUUGGGGCUAAAAUAACAGUCUUCCAUCGUACUCCUUUCAUCAAAUUUAGGUUAUGGCCAUGUCUUAUUCGUAUCAUUGGCCAUGAUCUAUUUGACUCUCUACUCAUAAUUAUUCUGACAGGUAGAGUCUCUUUGUAUAUUGUCACCCUUGCUCAAUCCAUUUGUCUCGCGCGAGAUGUCUUAUUGGUUACGUCUGGUAAUGGUGUUAUGACUAAAACCGAUGGUGCCGCGAUGAAACCGAGGGCCUCCUGUGAAUGUACACACAUGGUUGUGCUGCUCGGCACGCGCUGGUAUCACGGUGAGUAGUUGUAAUCCAUUAUGAGGCUAUAUCAAUGUGUUAUCUUGGCACAAUCUAGUUUUGUCAUGCGGAAUUCAUUAUUGGUGUUGUUCGGUAAUGGUGUCACGAUUAAUGAUUUGUGGUGCCGCCGCGAAACUGAGAGCCCCUUGUGAAAGUACACGCAAGGUUAUGCUGCUUGGCGCAUGCUGGUAUCGAGGUCUUUGGUCAUGAUCCAUUGUGGAACUACAUUGAUGUGUGAUCUUCCGUGGACUCCUCCCUUGAAACGAAUUUUGUGUCGUUUGCUGAAACAAUCCAACAACAUAUGCCAUCACUAUUGAAUCAAAAGAGUAUAUAACUCUGAUAUAUUCCUUGGUAAAUUUUCUACCCAUUUAGAAAUCUCCAACAAAAAUCAAAACCUAUAUGUGUUUGGAUCAUGUGAUAAAAAUCCAUCUUCCCAUGUGUGGUCGCAUGUCUUUUGACUCAAGUGGUGACUGCACACAUACAAGUUCCCUUUGCAUCCUUUAUUUUAAAGGUGAAGCCUUGAAGCUUUUUAAUGUUGGAAGACAACUAUUAGUUCUCAAGAUGGAGAAUUGUUUUCUUUCCUACUGAGUUGCAGGAGUUUAUUCAUUUUCUCUCUUAUCCAAUACAUGUGUUCCCUAACCAAGUCAUUCCAUCUCAGAUGAAGAAAUGGAUGAACAACCUGACUGAAUGGAUCUUUAUCUAAAUACAUGGCCUCCUGCUAGCAAACGUGAACUCUCGACCAUUAGAUUGCCGAUGGGUAAUAAGAGGACUUGCUCAAUGUCAAAAGUAGUUCAACAAGUUGGUUUUACUAACUUGUAACUACCCAAUGAACAAAGGUUGAGUUUAGAGAUCGUUUAUCGAGUUGUCUAAACUCACUUUAGUUCAGCCUAUCUUGAAGAGACCCUUGUGAAGAUCAAGUGAAGGUUAUGAACAUAUGCGCAGAUCUUAUGCCAUAUUGGAUUAUAUUAUGAGCAUAUGUAUCUUAACUUUAUCUUGUUGGCCGAGGCACUUUGCCAUCCUCAGCUGACUGAUAACAUCCUGACCACAGUUCUAGUCGUGCCUCAAUCGCCUCACAUGUGAUUUUCUAACAUGUGUGAUCAAGCCGAGCCGUGCUUAGUGCUUGAUAAAAUGGAUUGGACACGAGGUCAACAUCUACAGAUCCCUUCAUUCCUUGAAUCUCUAUCAUUUUUCUUGGACUUGGAUUCCCUGGCUAACCACGAGUUAAUUGUGAUGUUAUUCGACAUCCAUCCUCGUCUUAUGUGCUAGGAAUUGCUAUCCAUUUGUCCACCGUUCUCAACAGACUCAGAUAGUACAGUGUUAUUAGAAAAAAAAACAAACUGCACACAUGUAGCCUUAUGUGUUCUUCUAGCUGAUGUCGUCUCUAUUGAUGGACAUCCCUAAUUAGCUUAAAAUGAUACAUGCUAUACCCACUUGAGGAACCAACAUCUUGGAGUACUCAUCUCUACUCGGAACUGUCUUAUGCUAUCACUAUUAUGGACAGGGUUACACGCCUCUCUACUCUUAGAAGUCUUUCGUUCUGAAUCUCGGGACGAGAUUCUUUUAAGGGGGGAAGGCUGUAACACCCCAGGUGUUUAUCGUCUACUCGACUACGAGCGUGGACGUUAACACGUGAUAGCUGUGAAUGUAAAGGUCACUAAAUUUUAACCAUCCUCGUCUAUCACGAUUUUGAUAUCGUGCAUGUCUCCAUCUGUCUAAAUGUUCCUAAUUUAUUCUGCAAAAAUUCAGACUUUGGUAAUUUUCGGAACAUCGAAUCCAGUAUCGUUUGGGUUGAGCAUCGACGUCUUGCCCAAACUAUAAUCUUUGAAAUCAGAUCUGGUUCCUAAACUUUGUUUCAAAUUCUUUCACGCUUGCCUUGCACGUGUCUCUCUGUAGCCUGGCAUCGUGGCGCGUGGCUGGUGCUAACCGGUGCCUGGACAGCGCACAACCUCUCGCCCACGUGAACAUUGUGUGACGUCGUUCGAUUUGAUCCAUCGACAUCUCAUCUAAACCUUAUCUCAUGUACUAUCGAACAGGUUCGUAGUGAUUCGAUUCAAUUAUACCCGGUCAGACCCUAGUUUUGGAUUUAUAAUUAAGAUUUAUUCCUUCAGUAAAUUAUCUGACUUUAAAUCAAAUCAUGCGUAGUCUAAAAUUGUUUGGCAGAUAUCUUUUGUUUCGUCCUGUUUACAUCUCGCUUAGAUUUAAACCGCAGAACUAAAUCAUCCGUGUAUCUUUAAUUAAAAAAAUAUAGAAAAUCCUCUUUAUCUCCAUGUCGGCCAACAUGUUGUUAGCCUUAUCCAAUCAACAUCCUACCUUGUUCCUUAUCUACUCUUUUCCUUGGAACAAAAAUCCCAUACGUUGCCUCCUCCCUUGCUGUGACGCACGGCUCCUGGAAGCCUCUCUCCCCACCGCAUCUUCUAUCUUCGGUUCCUUGCUCUGCACCGCCUCCUGCUCAUCCAUAUCCCAUGGUGCCCAGCCGAGCAGCCCAUGGAGGCUUCCUCCCCACGCCCAACCCUCUCUACUGGUGGCCGCCGCUCCAAGUCCUCUCGUCGCCUAUGGCUGCCUCCUCUGUUCGAUCCGUGGCGCUAUCGUGGGUUCGCGCCCAGCUCCAUCUCGGCCUCCAGCUCGCCAACAGCCCUCUUCCAUGGAUGGCGAUUUUCUUUCCUGCAGCAAGAAGCCAUGCCGCAGUCCUCUCUCUCAGUUUCCUCUCACGGCUAUGGACAUCGGUUGUUCCUUCCCUCCCAUGGCCGCCCCAACUCCUUCCAUGGACGCCAAUAGCAGCAGCCCCUCGCUGCCGGACAUCCUCUGGUAGUCCCGCACCAUCCGCACCCGUAUGGUGUUUGAUAAAAUGUCCAAGUGGAGUGCCGUGUCAUGGACAACCCUAUUAGCGUCAUGGGAUGUUUGGUAUUUUGCGCAGCCCAUCCACGACACCGUCGACCCUCGGUGAGGUUUCAUUCUUGCUUUGCCGUUUCAUCGAUCGACGUAUAUUUGCUAACAUAAAUUGUGUUUAUGUGCCUAUGUGUGUUGAGGAGCGAAAUCCGUGGAAUCUGAGUGAAGAAGAAACAGAGCACGUCCGUCACUUACUAGCUGCUGGGUGAAAGGAUUGAAUCGGCUAUCAUGGUCGUUUAGUGCCGAUCGAGUCAACUUUAGUCAUGGUACGUUAAUUAAUCACGUGAUGUGAAGGACAAGAGCUGGAUUAAUCACAAGACGAUGCUGAUGGACGAAGCUAAAGUGGAUGAAUCAACAAGUGCCAGGAUGGGAGAUACUCACCAAGUGAUCGUCAUUUAACAACACUAACAUAGUGUUAUCCCAGGUUAUAAUUUUAUUCUGUUGUGGAUGCUGCUAAGUGCCGGUGGGCUCGGCCUUCUUCUAUAAGUAUAUCCCGUCUUUAGUUUCUCUAUUGAGGAUUGUCACUUAAGCUAGCAUGUAUUUUAAAACUUAUAAAUAUUUUAUACAUUUUAAAUUGUAAUUCUUUUUAAUCAUUUUCUUUUGUAAUCACUCCGAUAAUUGUAUAAUGUAAAAUUAUUGUAACAUGUAA